AUGCACGUGGAACUUUGGGCAAUCAUUCACGGGAUGAGGAUUGCCACUAGGAACAGCUAUCAACACCUGGUUGUGGAGUCUGACUCUGCUGCUACAAUCAAAUUCAUUAACCAGGGUUGCCCCCCAGCACAUUCAUGUGCACCUCUGACUCAAGACAUCCGAAACCUUGUGGCACGCUUUCAACACAUUACUUGGAGUCAUGCCCUUCGUGAAGCAAAUACAGUGGCGGAUCUCCUUGCCAAAAAGGGACAAGACCUGGACCUUGGCUUACACAUUUUUGAUAUUGCCCCUCCGGACAUCAGCUAUGCCCUGCUCGGUGACAAUUUAGGGACCCUUAGAAUUAGAGGGUCUUAA